CCAAGCACUGGCCAACCCUCGGCGCCGCAGAGUGGCCAACCCUUGGCACCGCGCACUGACCAACUCUCGGCGCCGCAGAAUGGCCAACCCUCGGCGCCGCACACUGACCAACGCGCGGCACCGCAAAGUGGCCAACCCUCGGCGCCGCACACUGACCAACGCGCGGCGCCGCAAAGUGGCCAGCCCUCGGCGCCGCACACUGACCAACGUGCGGUGCCGCAGAGUGGCCACCCCUCGGCGCCGAGGGCUGGCGAGUGUUCGGCGGCGAACCAAGGACCUGGGUCAUGGGUGGAGACGGUAACAUAG